AUAUCACUACCGCGGCAGCAAAACAAUGGCGAGUUUUAAUUAAAUUAAAUUAGGGGAGGCCUGAAGUUUCCUCUUUUCUUAAUCAGUAGACAAACGUGACCGAAUCUGUCAAAUUUUGUGUGCCUUCCAUAUGUCACUGUUAAGUCUUUGCAUUCAUGCAUCACCACUAAGAGCCUUGCGAUAUUCUUUCAUACCAAACCGCGUUCAACUUGCAAGAAGCACGACGAUAUUACACCCCGCAAGAUUCACCACAAUGCCUCCCAAGAGAACCAAACGCGAGUCUUCAUCGCCUCCGGCCAAAAAGGCAAAGACGUCCAAGACAAACGGUUCCAGUACCUCAGAUGCUUUGCGCCAACCUCAUCACAAGGCUGGAGAAGCCGAAGAGAAUGGAAUCGCGAUCCGGAAAUUUUACCCUCCAGAAAUGUGCAAUGCGAGAGCUCGCGCCUACAACAACAAUGAGCUUCCGCGGCCAAUUGAGGUACUUAUCAGUGCCCUCGAGGAUACAGCGCAGGAGCGCAAGAGUAUCGACGUAAAGAAAGCCGUCGUCCAUUGGUUCAAGAUGGACUUGCGGCUAUCCGACAACAGAGCUUUGGCUCUGGCCAGUGAUAAGGCAAAAGAAGCAGGAGUUCCUUUAAUUGCGAUGUAUAUCAUCAGCCCCCAAGACUAUGAGGCUCACCUGAGAUCCCCAGUACGUGUGGAUUUCAUGCUGCGAACUCUGGAAGUCAUCAAACAUGAUCUUGCAAAGCUCGAUAUCCCUUUGUACGUGGAGACAGUUGAGAAGAGGAAGCGUGUUCCCGACCGGAUCUUGGAGCUCAUGGACGAAUGGGGCGCCAGCCAUUUGUAUGCCAAUAUGGAAUACGAAGUUGACGAAUUGAGGCGCGAGGCCUCGAUGAUCAGGGAUUUUGCAGAGAAUGGCAAGGCAUUCGAAGUCGUCCAUGAUACCUGCGUCGUCCCUCCAGGAGAACUCCACACUGGCGCUGGGAAGCAGUAUGCUGUGUACACUCCAUGGUAUCGGUCAUGGGUUGCUCACAUUCAUGAGAAUCUUGAUCUUUUAGAGUUGUACGAACCGCCUGAGAAGAACCCUAGCAGUGCGCGAAAGGACUUUGCGAAACUCUUCGAUGUUGAAAUUCCGGACGCCCCCAAAAGCAAACGGCUUGAUGGCGAAGAAAAGGAGCGAUUGCGCUCACUUUGGCCAUGUGGAGAGCAUGAGGCGAAGAAGCGUCUGGACAAAUUCUGUGAAGAGAUGAUCGGCAACUACCAGAGGAAGAGAAAUAUCCCAGCUGAGGCUGGGACUUCUUCUAUAUCGGUCCAUCUGGCGUCUGGCACGAUCAGUGCGAGAACAUGUGUACGGACCGCACGUGAUAGAAACAAGACGAAGAAGUUGAAUGGUGGUAAUGAAGGUAUCCAAACAUGGAUCAGUGAGGUUGCUUGGCGAGACUUUUAUAAGCACGUUUUGGUCCAUUGGCCAUAUGUCUGCAUGAACAAGCCUUUCAAGCCCGAAUACUCAAACAUCUCAUGGUCAUACGACAACGAACAUUUUGCCGCUUGGUGCGAGGGAAGAACGGGCUUUCCCAUCGUCGAUGCGGCGAUGCGACAGCUGAACCAUUUGGGAUACAUGCACAACCGCUGUCGCAUGAUUGUCGCUUGUUUUCUGGCAAAGGACCUCCUGCUAGACUGGCGAAAGGGCGAAAGGUACUUCAUGGAGCAUCUUGUCGAUGGUGACUUUGCUUCAAAUAAUGGUGGAUGGGGUUUCAGCGCCAGUGUUGGCGUUGACCCCCAACCUUACUUCCGCAUCUUCAAUCCCUUACUACAGAGCGAGAAAUUUGACCCUGAUGGCGAUUACAUCCGCAAAUGGGUUCCCGAGCUUAAGGAUCUUGAUAGAAAGGCUAUUCAUGAUCCAUACAACCGAGGCGCUGGAUCCAAAGCCAAGAAAAACGGCUAUCCGGCACCAAUUGUUACGCAUAAGGAUUGUCGGGAUCGAGCGUUGGCAGCAUACAAGGAAGGCCUUGCAAGCGGCGAGUGAUGUAGUGUGGAUGCAUUCAAACACUUGGCUAAUAGUAGUCGCCGGUUCAUUUGGAUAUGUAUGAAUUUAUUAGAGUUGUAUAACAUACAUGUAUUAAUACCCUAAGGGUUCGGUUUGUUUUCAAGAACUUCUAUUGCCUCUAUUAGCACCUAGUCCUGAAUUUAUCGUAAAAAUCAUCGAGCCUUGAUCCGAUCAAGUUCUGGUGACGUAGAGUUCAUAUGCCCAAUGGUACUCCACUUCCGUGUUUCCUCUGACCUGAACCGCCCAUCGGGAGAUGAGCCUCAAGGAAAGAGAAGAGCUUAGAUCAGUUCGUUCUCUUGCCCUCAGGCUUGAAAACAUCACCAUUAACAUAUGAGCACCUUAAUAGCCCUCUUUAGCUGGGGGGACUAAUGUGGGAUCUACCUAUCGAGCCCGACCUUUGUGAUCUCGGGGAUAGAGGUUGGAGGAUGCAUUUGGUCUACAAUCGCACGUAAGGCUAGGAUAGUCACAAGUUGAAAAGUUCAUGUUAGACCCGUAUCUGUACCAUAGCAAAAGACUUGAGCGCCACGGCUUUUUCAAGGCCUAGUCAAUCAAUCUGCGGCACGGAGACUAUCAAAGUAGCCCCAGAAUCCUCGGAGUGGUUUGACCUGAGAAGUCUGUCCGAGGAGACUUCGCUUGCCGUAUGUC